CAUUCGUACUACAGCUGAUUCGGCUGUCAACGAACCAAAUUUACUUGCCUUGAACGAAUAACACGUGCAUUUUUGACCGCUGCAUCUCGCGAAUCUAUUUUUUGCAACUCGUAGCAUUUCCGUUUGGCUGCAAUAGUAAGUUUUUCAAAAUCCCAAUUAACUAAAGAAGCGAAAGAAACCGUAAUAAAUCCAUUCCACACCAUUGAUAAGCCUUUGUGAAUACCUAAAUUACUGCAUAGCACGGCUGAUACCGGCUGGUGCAUGCAUGUUGAUUGAUUCGUUUUUUCUGCAAUAAGCCAAUUGCAAAAGCUAAAGUUUAACAAGUGCAUUCCCAAAGCGUAUAAUUCCUUUCAGAGUGCAAGUGAAAUUUGUGAAAUAGUUUACAAAAUCAAGAAAAUUUUAAGUAAUUGAGAAAUUUAAAUUUCUGUGCAAAGUUUGUAAAAAGUAAUUUGUUAUAUAUCACACACCUCCCUCCCCCCCUUUUGUAGCGCAACAAACUCCAAUAAAAGCAGAGUAUUUAUUAUCCAAAUCAAUUGAUUGUGUGCGCGACAAAAAGUGAGUUGUGAAUAAAAAUAUUAAAAUUAAUGUGUUUUUAAGCAAUAAAUUGAUCAAAUUUGCAUGUGAAAAGAAAUUCAGUCAGAGUCUAUUUAAAAGAAAAUGAUGGAGAAUCGGGUGUUGCGCUACACUUUUUAUAGCCUGACAACUGGCAUAUCGGUAGUGUUGUUGUCGGAAAUUGUAUAUCGUGGCUAUUUGUACGUGCGCGAACGAAUGUGGCGACGCGAUUCAUCUGACGAUGAAGUGAACGAAGUCAUCUGGACGAAUGAGUUGACACAAAGUUGUGCUGCUGGACACACAUUAAAGUACCCGUCCGAACGCAAGAGUCCUACGCAGGAGAAUCCAUCGAAAAGCAUGGUCGAGAAUGGACAUAUUACUAAACUACCAGUCCCCAGUACAAGUCCUACAUGUCAAAAUCGGUUUUGUGCUUCUAACAAUGUCGGCCGUUUAAUAUCGUUAAUUGAUAAAUCAAAACAUACAAUAGAUCUAGCCAUGUAUACGUUCACAUCCUACGAUCUGUCGCAGGCCUUCAUGCGAGCCAUCCGUAGAGGAGUGUCUGUGCGUAUAAUAAGUGACAAAGAAAUGGUAUACUCCAGUGGAUCACAAAUUAUAACAUUGACAAAGGCAGGCGUUGCGGUUCGUUGUCCCAUGACUACAAUGCUAAUGCACCAUAAAUUUUGUCUGUUGGAUGGUCCAAAACGCGCGCGUACGGUUUUGGCCAAUGUUGGAAAAACGUACGAUUCAAAAACUGCCAAGGGUAUCGUCAUGUCUGGCUCACUAAACUGGACGAUGCAGGGCUUUGGCGGUAACUGGGAAAAUAUUGUAAUCAGCUCGAAUAAAGUGUUAUUGGAACAAUUUGAGGAUGAAUUUGAACGUAUGUGGCUAACGUUCGCACCAAAAAUGAGUACUUAAACAUGUAAAACGAAAGGGCUAUUGAAAACACCCGUUAUGGUA